ACGAAAAUCACACUACCCGAUCGAUCGCUAUGGCAUGGUGCAUGAAGAACAUCGGCAAAGGACAGUUGGGAGGCAACAAGGUGUUGAUAUGCUUGUGGGCCUUGUGGCUGGUGACGCUGCUUGUCUUGUCAUCUGAAAAGAUGGGAUCGGAUGCCUGUGAUAGACAAAUUAGCAAGACAUGGCCCAACACAACAUGUAUCAUUCGCGGCACCUGCAACAAGUACUGUAGAAGGGAGAACUUUGAGCGCGGCAUCUGCAAAGAACUCAAUUAUUGCUUCUGCUACAGGAACUGCACCACUGAAUCCAUCUAGCCAUAUAUGUGCCAUUUUCAUGAAUGCUCGAUGGAAGCUAUUGCUAUGAGUUUAUGCAUUAUGAAUGAAAUAAAUUAAUUAAUUUAAGCCGCUCUGUUCAUCUAUC